AUGCCAGAAAUUAAGCAAUUCACUCUCGCAGAAAUCGCUUCACACAAUACCAGGAAAUCUUUGUAUGUAGCUAUCCACGGAAAAGUCUAUGAUGUGACAUAUUUCAUAGAUGAGCAUCCUGGUGGAGAUGAAGUACUAUUCGAGGAAGCUGGUAGAAAUGCUACUGAAUCUUUUGACGACGUAGGGCACUCAGACGAAGCGCAUGAAAUAUUGAAGAGAUACUAUAUUGGUGAAUUGAAGGAUGUUCCAACACCAUCCAAGGCACCGAUAGUAUCCAAAGCACCAACGAAGUCGCAAUCUUAUACUACUCCCAAAGCACCUCAACCGAAAUCAAGCAGUAAUUUCGGAUUACUUGUGCCAGUUGGAAUAUUUAUUGCUUAUAUUGCCUACAAAUAUUUUGUUUCAUCUUCAGAAUAA